AGGGCUGAGUGACUGACAAAGAUACCUCUUCAGCCAACUCCUUGUGGAUGAAUGAAAGAGUGAUCACAUGAAGUGUUCUCCAUCCACACUUCUCUACUUUAAGGUGCUGCUGUUACCCACAGCGUUUUAUGACGAAGGAAAUGGAUUUCAGACAGCAUUGAUAUUACUAAGCUCCAUGUUGAGGUUACGAAGACUUCCACUGUGAGACCCUGUUGUUCACCCAACUUCAAACUGUAACAACUCCAACGGGAACGCAGAAAUCACUUCAUGGACUCACCCCAUGUUUGUUAAGUGCCUGUGCAGCUCCUAAGACCAUGUAAAACCUGCUGAGCUUUAACCUCCCUCAAGCAACAGCCAGGCUGCAGGUGAAAAUGGGAAACUCCGAGAGUCAGUACACCUUCCAAGGAUCUAAAAAUCAUAGCAAUACUGUAACUGGUGCUAAGCAAAAGCCUUGCUCCCUGAAAAUCCGCAGUAUUCAUGCAAAAGAUGAGAAGUCCUUGCAUGGAUGGACUCAUGGAAGCAGUGGAGCAGGCUACAAGUCCAGGUCCCUGGCCCGGAGCUGCCUUUCUCAUUUUAAGAGUCAUCAGCCUUAUGCCACCAGACCCAGUGGACCCACGUGCAAAGUUCCCAAAGGCACUGUCCAUUCCAAGCACAGGGCCAGCGCCCCAGGAAAUGACUUCCAGAGCAGGAGUGUUGCUUUCUCACCAGAGAAUGGCUUCCACUAUGUUGGCAGUGAGCCAGGUGACAACCAUACCAGCUCCAGGGACUGCAAUGGACACCUUCUUACCUGCUACGGGAGGAAUGACAGCAUCACCUCUACUCCUCCAGCGGAGGACCGCCGGAGCCCCAGGGUGCUCAUCAAGACACUGGGGAAGUUGGAUGGGUGUUUAAGGGUUGAGUUCCAUAACAGUGGCAACCACAGCAAAGGCCCCACGGAGGACCCCAGUGGACCCGUGCAGCUGUUGAGGUACUCACCUACACUGGCAUCACAAACUUGCCCAGUGCCAGAAAGCAGGAGGGAUUCAGGUGCCGACUCCCCGUCUAGCCAGCGCCCUUCUCCCACUGACUCUCAGUUGCGCUCCAGCAAGGGCAGCUCCCUAAGCUCCGAGUCAUCUUGGUAUGACUCCCCUUGGGGCAAUGCUGGGGAGCUGAGUGAGGUGGAGGGCUCCUUCCUCACUCCCCGCACACCUGAUCCCAGUCUCCCCACCAGCUUCGCACCCAGUGAUACCAAAAAGCCUUUCAACCAAAGCUCUUCCCUCUCCUCGCUCCGGGAACUGUACAAAGAUUCCAACCUGGGGUGCCGCUCCCCCUCUGGCACCUGCCUUUCUUCCAAUGAGUACAUCAGCUCUCAUGCCAGCCUGAGCAACCGAGUCUCCUUUGCCUCUGACAUGGACGUGCCCUCCAGGGUGGAGCACAGAGACCCUUUACAGUACAGUUCCUUCACUCUCCCCUGCCGCAAGUCCAAAGCCUUAACCGAGGAUGCUGCAAAGAAAGACACUCUCAAAGCCAGAAUGCGCCGCAUCAGUGACUGGACUGGAAGCCUCUCAAGGAAGAAGAGGAAACUGCAGGAGCCACGGUCCAAGGAGGGCAGUGACUACUUCGACAGCCACUCAGAUGGACUGAAUGCAGAUGUGCAGGGACCCUCUCAGACAUCUGCCUUACUAUGGUCAGGGGGCUCGGCUCAGAUCCUGCCACAGAGAAGCGAGUCCACUCAUGUGAUCGGCAGCGAUCCCUUCCAACAGAACAUUUAUGAGAAUUUCAUGCGGGAGCUGGAAAUGAGCAGGACAAACACGGAGCACGUGGAAACCUCCACAGACUCUGUGGAGUCCAGUAGCGAGUCCCUCAGCUCCCUGGAGCAGCUAGAGCUGCUGUUUGAGAAGGAGCAGGGGGUGGUCCGGAAAGCCGGGUGGCUCUUCUUCAAACCCCUUGUCACCUUGCAGAAGGAGAGGAAACUGGAGCUGGUGGCUCGGAGGAGGUGGAAACAGUACUGGGUGACCCUCAAAGGCUGUACCCUGCUGUUUUAUGAGACCUAUGGAAAGAACUCGACAGACCAGAGUAGUACCCCACGGUGCGCCCUUUUUGCCGAGGACAGCAUCGUGCAGUCUGUCCCAGAGCACCCCAAGAAGGAGCAUGUGUUCUGCCUGAGCAACUCCUUUGGAGAUGUCUACCUUUUCCAGGCCACUAGCCAGACAGAUCUGGAAAACUGGGUCACUGCCAUACACUCUGCGUGUGCAUCCCUUUUUGCAAAGAAGCAUGGGAAAGAGGACACGGUACGGCUGCUGAGGAGCCAGACCAGAAACCUGCUUCAGAAGAUCGACAUGGACAGCAAGAUGAAGAAGAUGGCGGAGCUGCAGCUGUCCGUGGUGAGCGACCCCAAGAACAGGAAGGCCAUUGAGAACCAGAUCCAGCAGUGGGAGCAGAAUCUGGAAAAAUUCCACAUGGAUCUGUUCAGGAUGCGCUGCUAUCUGGCAAGCUUACAAGGCGGAGAGUUACCAAACCCCAAGAGUCUCCUCGCUGCUGCCAGCCGCCCAUCCAAGCUGGCGCUCGGCAGGCUGGGUGUCUUGUCUGUUUCAUCUUUUCAUGCUCUGGUGUGUUCUAGAGAUGACUCAGCUCUGAGGAAAAGGACACUCUCCCUUACCCAGCGGGGGAGGAGCAAGAAGGGCAUAUUCUCCUCAUUGAAAGGACUGGACACCCUCGCAAGAAAAGGGAAGGAGAAGAGAGCUUCAGUAACUCAGAUAUUUGAUUCCAGUGGCAGCCAUGGAUGUCCUGGAACUCAACUACCUCAGAACUCCACCCACUCAAGUGAGGUCCGUGAUCUGCAUCUGAGUGGUGCUCCCAUAGACGGUGCUCCCAGAGACAACACGUGGGAAGUCCAGACUUACGUUCACUUCCAGGAUCAUCAGGGAGUUGCCCUCGCCAUCAAGCCGGAGCACAGAGUGGAAGAUGUCUUGACUUUGGCAUGCAAGAUGAGGCAGCUGGAGCCCAGUCACUAUGGCCUGCAGCUCCGAAAAGUGGUGGAUGAAGGCGUUGAAUGGUUUGUUCCUGCGCCGUAUGAGUACAUGCAAGAGCAAGUUUUUGAUGAAAUAGAAGUUUUUCCACUCAGUGUUUACGAUGUGCAGCUCACAAAGACCGGGGACGUGUCUGACUUUGGGUUUGCCGUAACAGCACAGGUGGACGAGCACCAGCAUCUCAGCCGGAUAUUUAUCAGCGAUGUUCUCCCUGAUGGGCUGGCGUAUGGGGGAGGGCUGAGAAAGGGCAAUGAAAUCGUGACCUUAAAUGGGGAAGCUGUGUCUGAUCUUGACCUGAAGCAGAUGGAGGCUCUGUUUUCUGAGAAGAGUGUUGGACUCACUCUAAUUGCCCGGCCUAUGACUACAAGGACAGCCCUGUGUGCUUCCUGGUCAGACAGUGACUUAUUCUCCAGGGACCAGAAGAGUCCCAUGCCCUCUCCCAACCAGUCCCAACUGCUGGAAGAAUUCCUAGACAACUUUAAGAAAAACCCUGGAAAUGAUUUCAACAGUGUCCCGGACAUCACAACAGGCCUGAAAAGGAGUCAGACAGACGGCACUCUGGAUCAGGUGUCGCACAGGGAGAAGCUGGAGCAGACGUUCCGGAGUGCUGAGCAGAUCGCUGGGCUCUGCAGGGGCUUUAACAACACCCACACCAACGGCAUGGAAGCACUAAGAGAGAGCCAGGAUCCACCUCCCAAGCCGUUGGCUCGCCACCUCUCAGAUGCAGACCGCCUCCGAAAAGUCAUCCAGGAGCUGGUGGACACAGAGAAGUCCUAUGUGAAGGAUCUGAGCUGCCUCUUUGAAUUAUACUUGGAGCCACUUCAGAAUGAGACUUUUCUUACUCAAGAUGAGAUGGAGUCGCUUUUUGGAAGCCUGCCAGAGAUGCUGGAGUUUCAGAAGGUGUUUCUGGAGACUCUGGAGGAUGGGAUCUCAGCUUCCUCAGACUUUAAUGUCCUGGAAACUCCCUCACAGUUUAGAAAGUUGCUCUUUUCCCUGGGAGGCUCUUUCCUCUAUUACGCGGACCACUUUAAACUGUACAGUGGAUUCUGUGCCAACCACAUUAAAGUACAGAAGGUUCUAGAGCAAGCUAAAACUGAUAAAGCUUUCAAGGCUUUUCUGGAUGCCCGCAAUCCUACUAAGCAGCAUUCCUCCACACUGGAGUCUUACCUCAUCAAGCCUGUUCAGAGAGUGCUCAAGUACCCUCUGCUCCUCAAGGAGCUUGUGUCCCUGACAGACCACGAGAGUGAGGAGCACUAUCACCUGACAGAAGCACUAAAAGCAAUGGAAAAAGUAGCAAGCCAUAUUAAUGAGAUGCAGAAGAUCUACGAGGAUUAUGGAACAGUGUUCGACCAGCUCGUAGCGGAGCAGAGCGGCACCGAGAAGGAGGUAACAGAACUCUCCAUGGGGGAACUUAUGAUGCAUUCUACAGUGUCCUGGUUGAAUCCGUUUCUGUCUCUUGGAAAAGCCAGAAAGGACAUUGAGCUCACAGUAUUUGUUUUUAAGAGAGCUGUCAUACUGGUUUACAAAGAAAACUGCAAGCUGAAAAAGAAAUUGCCUUCCAAUUCCCGGCCUGCACACAACUCUGCUGACUUGGAUCCAUUUAAAUUCCGCUGGUUAAUCCCCAUAUCCGCACUUCAAGUUAGACUGGGAAAUGCAGCAGGUACUGAAAACAAUUCCAUAUGGGAGCUGAUUCAUACGAAGUCAGAGAUAGAAGGACGGCCAGAAACCACAUUCCAGCUGAGCUGCAGUGACAGCGAGAGCAAAACUAGCAUUGUUAAGGUGAUUCGUUCUAUUCUGAGGGAGAACUUCAGGCGUCACAUAAAGUGUGAGUUACCACUGGAGAAGUCAUGUAAAGAUCGUCUGGUACCGCUCAAGAACAGAGUUCCUGUCUCGGCCAAAUUAGCUUCCUCCAGGUCUCUGAAGGUUCUCAGAACGUCCUCCAGCAGCGAGUGGCCCAGUGAGUCCAGCAAAGGCAACUCACUGGACUCUGACGAGUGCAGCCUGAGCAGCGGCACCCAGAGCAGUGGCUGCCUGGUGGCUGAGAGCAGGCAGGACGGUGGGAACACUGUGCCUGACAGAGACCCUCAUGAGGGCCUGGCAGAGUUUCCAGACAGUCUCAUCAAAGAGAGUGAUAUUCUGAGCGAUGAAGAAGACGACUGCCCCCACCCUCUGAAACCGGGCAGCCCCACGAAGGACAUUGAACUUCAGUUCCAGAGACUGAGGAUCUCUGAGGAGCCCGACAUGCAUCCGGCUAGGCAGCAGCCCAAGCUGGUCAGGGGCCACUUCUGCCCCAUUAAACGGAAAGCAAACAGCACCAAGAGGGACAGAGGAACUUUGCUCAAGGCGCAGACUCGUCACCAGUCCCUUGACAGCCACCCUGAAAAUGCCAACAUUGAUCUAAAUUUGGUUCUGGAGCGAGAAUUCAGCGUCCAGAGCUUGACUUCGGUUGUCAACGAGGAAUGUUUCUACGAAGCGCAGAGUCACGGCAAAUCCUAGUGCAGUCUGUGCCGCGUGGGUUACACUGCUCGUUUACUUUUCACCUGGUGGGAAAGGAGAAGUCGCAGGAAAACUACUCAUCGUUGGCUUCUGUGCGGUAUACAUUUUCCCACAAAACUGUAAAGAUUUAACUUAUUUUAAUUUAUUGUGGAUCAGAAAACUAGAUUAAGCUGGUCAGACUCUGUAAAUUACUUAGCUUAUAAUCCCUUUUGAGCAGGAAUCAAAACGAUUUAAAAGUCUUGUAAUAAAAUUGCAUUCUACUUAAGUUAUGUGGAAGAAUGGGAAAGUUGUGAUUAAUAACUUUUAAAAGGGUCAUUUUUUUUUCCAAUCCUUUAGGCAUUUUCUUUGAGCCUGAUAGUUUUUGCUUUAUUUAAAGCACAUUUAAGUUAUUUUAAUGUGGUUUAGGGGUACAAUAUGUGGAUAUUUUGUUUUUGUAAGAUUGUAAUGAUGCUGUUUAUACUACACCUGUCAUAUCUAUGCAGUAUACAUAUUAAAGGAAGCUUGUACUGUA